AUGGUCCGAAGAUUGUGUUUGGGAUUUUUUGACGUAACGCUGGUCUUCCUCCUGCUGUGCUCUGUCACAGGCUUGCUGCUGAUGGACCAGCGCAGAGAUGCAGAGGAUGACCGGGGGCUCAACAAAGCCAUUUUGGAAAUGCUACAUAUCAAUAAAGUGUCUGCGAGCCAUCAGGCUAAGCCCCAUCCCUACAUGAGGAGGAUCUAUCAGCGUCUGGACUCACUGGAGGCUCAAGACUUGGGUAGUUCAGAUGGAACGCUGGUGCAGAGUUAUCGGAGCAUCGCUGGUCCACACCACGCUCCUCCAGGAUGGAUCUGGUUCAACGUCAGCAGCCUGAGCCCCUCCAUGCUGGGGGCAGAGCUGGUUCUGUUCAGGAAAACCCUCCACCCCCGUCCCCUCAGUGUGACUGUCACCCUGCACAGCGUCACAGCCUCACAGGGGGGUCUGGAGGAAAGUCCCGCCCUCGAGGAGAGACUGCUGACCCUGGACCAGCGAACCUCAUCUGGAUAUGAUGUGUUUGACGUGUCAGCUGUUCUGGCUGUGAAGCCUCUGGAGGUGGUGGGCUUUCAGCUGCGUUAUACAGACGAGAGUGGGAGUCUGGUCCUUCAUGAAGCCCUGACGCAGAGUCUUUACUGCCUGAACAGAGGCUCUCUAAGUGAACCCUUACUUGUGCUUUACCAAGCCCACCCCCUCCACAUCUGA